CCAGCCAAUCAGAGGCAAGCGGAAAGGACGGGUGUCUGAGCGACGCCAUCUUGUAAGCGAAGGGCAUUGAAUGGUUAUUAUCGGGAAGAGAAAGCGGCUAAUAACUGCAGUGAUGGCAGGGCACGAUGCUGGCUCACAACACCAAUUCACAGGGUUUCAGAAAUACUUCAAUUCCUUCACCAUUACAGGCAGAAGAAAUUAUGUGUUAGCUACAUAUGGAAGCAUUGCAAUGCUCAUCCUGUAUUUCAAACUAAGGCCUAAGAAACAACCUCCAGCUGUCACACAGAAAUAAGAUGGUUGUUGGCAUGUUGACCUGGACCCUCCAUGUUAUACAGCUAGUAGAAAUGGAUGUACACUUCAAUAAAUCAUGAACAGUGA